GACAGCCGCCAGACCACUGCAAGCAAAUCGAUCAACACCACGAAGAAUAGCGAAAAGGGAUUGGCAGCAAAUAAAACCAAACCACAGACGUCGCCUCUUUUAUCGUCCACUCCUCCCACAGUGGCCAAGGCUCUCAUCAAAGCAUAUCCGUAUUUGCUCAUCAUCAACAAGAUGUUGUCUGUGGCUACGUGGACAAACGACGACAGCUGGAUCAAUAUCGUCAUAGUCGCCGUCUACUCGCUUGUCAUUCUCUACUUUGAGAGCUUGAUCAUCUGGUUUGGCCAUAUCAUCAUUGUAGGAAUCAUAACGAUGUAUGCCUUCUUGAACAACAAGAUCGUGGAGGAAACGAAUUUACACCCAACACUCGACGAUGUUGUCCAGGCCUUGACGGCCACAUGUAUCAAGGCCGACAUGCUCUUGAAUCCAAUCACGUCGUUGUCGUUGACAGCAUACGAUAUCAAGCGGUUGUUGUUCACGACUAUCUUCUUAACCCCUGUCUAUCUUAUUGUAACUUUCUUGUUGAUAAAACCAAGGGUUCUUCUUUUGUUCUCAGGGUUGUUUGUCCUCACCUACCACUCGGCAUACUCCAGGGUAACCAGACGGAUUCUCUGGAAGAUCAAGUUGGCUCGGUUGUUGGUUUUCUAUCUAACUGGUUUAGAUUUUUCACAAGCCAAAAACUCGCUGUUAUUCGCUGCUGCUUUUGCUAAAGUGCAAAAGAACGCUGGUUUCGAUAACAAAUCAUCUGAAGGUGUCUCUAGUAACAAACCUGUCAGGUUUACCUACGUCAUCUACGAAAACCAGAGAAGAUGGUUGGGUAUCGGAUGGACUUCCAACCUCUUAUCGUACGAAAGAACACCUUGGACAGACGAGUUUCUCAACGAAAGCUCGAGCAUUGAGUCGUUCAAGUUGCCCAACACUUCAGACGACAAGAACUUCAACAAUCCGAGCGAAUCGUUGGGCAGAAUUAACGGCGCUACCUGGAGAUGGGUGGAUAAGGCGUGGAGGUUGGAUCUCACCAAUGACGGAGCCAUCACUUUGACAAACUCCAAACGGUCCAAAACUACAGCCAAUCCGUCCCCAGACGAAGGAUUUAUCUUCUACGAUAACACCUGGAAAAAGCCUACGACUGAAGAUUCGUUCUCGAAAUAUACCAGAAGAAGAAGAUGGAUUAGAACAGCCGAGUUGGUUUUCAACAACUCUAGUAAUAAUAGUAAUAUCGACGAGUCGACAGAUACAAGUGUCGGUACUGCUAGCAUAACGCCUGCUACCAGUGCUGUUCCUGACGAAAGCAUUGUUGUAGGUGAAGGCUCUACAGGCACGUCAUCGUUUGCCAGCUCCAAGAACGACGACGUAGUUGCACCCAAAAAGAGGAAAAAUUUGAGAUUCGCAGACAUCGAAGAAGAAACUGUUGAUAAGCUUCAAUCAAAACCUGUUUUGGACCAAAUUCUGUCGACGGAUGCCUCUGAUGAAGAGGAU